CCAGAGCUCUUUAUUCCGUGACCUAGAAACUGUUAGGUAGAGAAGCCAUGAGAGAGAUCGUCACGAUUCAAGUUGGAGACUUCGCGAACUUUGUCGGUUCUCAUUUCUGGAACUUCCAGGAUGAACUCCUCGGAUUGGCGAGUGACCCAGAAAGCGAUCCAAUUUUUCGAAAUAAUAAUCUCGACAUGGACGUCCUUUACCGCUCCGGUGAAACCCAACAGGGAGUUUCUACAUACACUCCUCGUCUGCUUUCAAUCAACUUCAAAGGGUCACUAGGCUCCAUGAGCUCACGUGGUACACUCUACACUGAAGGUUCAUCGUCAAGAUCAGACUCUUCCAAAACCUGGUCUGGAGAGGUUGAUACUCAGAGAUCUAAGCCUCGAAACAAGAACUUGUUUCAACAAAACUUAUACGAGGAAGCAGAGAUUGAGGACAAAGAUAUUGUUGGAUGCUUAGAUGAAACUGUUGAAUGUUGGACAGACUUCUCCAAAUCCCAUUACCAUCCUCAAUCUCUAUACGAGCUAAACGGAUUAUGGAUGGACUCUCAGGACUUCAACAACUACGGGAUCGGUAAAGACGUGUUCUCAGAAGCCUCACGUGGAGAUGAAAUAACCGACAGACUCAGGUUCUUCGUUGAAGAGUGUGAUCAUAUUCAGGGUGUUAACUUCCUUGUGGAUGAUUCAGGAGGCUUCUCUGCUCUAGCAGGUGAUUUUCUAGAGACAAUGGCUGAUGAAUACACAAACAUUCCUGUAUUGCUUUACUCCCUGAGGAGUCCAGUGUCACAGAAGAAGACAGUUUCAAGCAAGCUUCAUGAUGCUAUAUCGUUUUCAAGACUCUCUUCCUUUUGUAAACUCUUUACUCCAAUGGGUUUACCUUCCUUGAGUGGAAGUAAGUAUCUUAACCUCGGAGAUGAGAAGCCUUAUAGAAGCAGUGCAGUGUACGCAGCUGCUUUGCAUUCAAGCACACUCCCUUUCAGAAUGCAAAACACAAGUUUAGAUUCAAGUGAAGUGUCUAACGCUAUGGAUGUCAACACACUUGUGCAGCUUCUAACUAGCCGUGGAAGGCAAAACAUAGUGGCGAUUCUUGAUUCCGCAAUGCCAAUAGGGAAGGAGUUGGAGAAGACUCUUUUAACUGAUCUGCUAACGCUAACUCCGGAAGUAACUGAAGAUGUGGAAGACAAUCUAUCAGCUGAGUCAAUGUGUGUACUUGGAGCUUUGAGCUCAGAAGACAAAGAAGCAUUAGUUUCAGAAGUGAGGAAUGCUGUUGAUGCAUGUUAUGAACAGAGGGAUAACACCAAACCUUUGUUUUGUAACUUAUCUGUCUCACGUUGUCCUCUCCCUGUGCCAUUACCGUUUCCUUCUAUAUUUGGAAACCUUGUUGGGAGAAAAGGUGAGAUUCUAAGCAGUCCAGUGGUCUCGGAUUCUGUUUACAGAGGCUCAUUGGAUGUUCACUCUGUACCAGUAGCUACAAGGUGGAGAUCUUCGAGCGCGGUUUUGCCGUUCUUGGAGAGUAGGAUGGGGAAUUUAGAGAAGCUUGGGAUACAAUGGGGAGCUGUGGGAUCAGAUGUGGUGAGGGAAUGGGGAUUUGGGAGAGAAGAGUUACAGGAGAUGAGAGAGAAUAUGUCAAAAAUGGUGUCUGAGCUUAGUCCUCAUCAUUUUUCAGAAUCUGAAGAUUCAGAUUAGAGUCUUUUAAGUUAUGUCUUAAAACAAAACUGUUGUAUUAUACUGUUGUGUCAUCUCUGAUAGGGGUUGGUCAUUUUGGUUUAUAAUUCAGGUUCAGUUUGGGUUUUUGGAUUCUAUAAAAACUUUGAUGAAAAUUGAAAAUCAAUUGAAACUAGUUUGGUUUGUCUUCG